CAUUCGAGGUGUAGGAAGUCCUCCUGCCUGCUGCGUGCUCACUGAAAGAGCUGCUCCAUAUCCGACAGAUGAGAAAUAGCAAGCUUGCAACCGAAUGGCAUGCUAGAUAGCUUAAACACAAAUUCGUUAUUGAAUCAGAGGCGGUGCACGACUGACACAUGUUCAGGUGUUCGGCAUAGGUGAGAGAGCUGUAAGAUCAUGUCUAUGGUCCUGUUUGCCUCCGUGGUACGAGUGGGGGAUGGCCUACCUCUCUCCGCCUCUACAGAUUAUGAGCAGGACAAAGGCCUGCAGGAGACCAAGAAGCACCUCAAAGGGCUCUCCAAGAAGCUCAGCCAGUUUCCUGACCGCUGCACACUGAAGGCUGGACAGUACAACGUCAAUUUCACCAGCUCCCUGGGAGUGGGGUAUCUGAUGGUCUGCUCUGAUAACUACCCCAAUGUGCUGGCCUUCUGUUUCUUGGACGAGCUACAGAGAGAGUUCCUGGUCACCUACGACACGAAGCGCAUCAUCAGCGCCGUACGGCCGUACUCCUUCAUCGAGUUUGACAACUUCAUCCAGAAAACCAAGCAGCGUUACAACAGCCCCCGGUCGCUGUCCACCAAGAUCAACCUGGCCGACAUGCAGAUGGAGAUCAAGCUGCGGCCGCCCUACCAGCUCUCCCCGGAGGACAUGGGCUCCGUCAACGGCUUCUCCCCCCACACCACCUCCAAGUACAAGGGCAUAGCUCCCACCCAGAUGCUGGAGCCGGUGGCCCUGCCCGGCGUUGUGUCCUGCGUGCUCAGCCUGCUUUGCGGAGGCCUCAAUCUCCUGCGCGGAGUCCACGCCAUCGAGAGCAUUCUACAGAACGAUGACGAAAACUUUAAUUAUGUGAUUGCCUUUUUCCUGGGCACAGCAGCCUGUCUGUAUCAGUGUUACCUGUUUGCAUACUUCUCCGUGUGGAGAAACAGCAAGUCCUUCCUGGCGUUUGCACUCAUCUGCCUGUGCAACAUGUACCUGUAUGAACUGAGGAACGUGUGGCAGAUCCUGUUCCACGUCACCGUUGGAGCCUUCAUGACCCUGCAGAUACGCCUCCGCCAGCCACAGGGAAAAGCUCCAGACUACAAUGUCUGACCAGAACAACAAAGGACUCAAACUCCCAAGACUCCAAAUCCAGGAAACCGUUUUUGAAGUUCCACUCAAAUUCUUUGGUCUCUGUACCACCACAUAUCCCCCCCCCCCCCCAGGAUGGCUGGACUAUAUGCCCUUAGGGACCCUCAGACAGCCCCCCCCCCACACACACACCCCAACCCCCCCCCCCCCCCCCUCUCUUCAAUGUGGCUGCCAGCUCAUAUGGAGCCUGCCUAUGCAUGGAGGAAGCCUCAGCGAGGCCCAGCGACUCUGCUGGCUGAAUGUCUCCAGGCUGCUUGGGAGGAAGGAUUGGGCCUGGGGGUGGUCAUAGGACUACGCAGAUGUUCUUGUAUCAUUUGCUCGCUUGUUUCGAAGCGUACCGUUUUAUUGAUUAUUUAUUGAACGCUGUUUCUCAUUUGUAUCGGAAACGAAACAUAUUUCAUGAUUUGAAUGCAUUCAUUUGUUUUAUACACGACACACAGGCCGUUCCUUGCCUCUGUUUUAUUGCACAUGUCCAGUAGGCCUCAGAGUCAUAACAGUCCUAUGUUAGUUCCAGAGUUGUGACGCUGACGCUGUACUGAACAGUACAUGGAGCUCCAGAGGACCUGCUGGGUGUCAGUAGUGCAGCGACCCUCUUCACGUCCCCCUGCUACAGUGCUGCGACUGGCAGCUACUAUUGAAACUGGAUCCAUAUAGUAUAUCCAUAGCAUGGGAUUCCUCAUACUCAAUCCAGUCCCCUGAUUGUGCCAAUUGCGUCGUUGACUGUCUUGAUAUUUGGCCAUUUCCAUUGACAGCAUUAGAGUACAGUUCAUAAUUGCAUGAGAGAACAUAGAGGAAGCUGAGUAUUGCGCUUCUUUGGCACCAGGAGGCUGACCGACUGCUUCAACUCCUAGGAUCUGUCCCGGCCUGUUAGGGCGGCCAGUUUGGACAGUUUUGCUGUGGUUGCCUGCAGGCCCCACUCACCAGCAGAGUUGUUCCUGAAUGAGUUUGGAUUUUGCUAUUGAUCAAAUGUAACACUUCACCAUAAUUAAACAAUACAAAUAUGUAUUCA